AUGUCAGACGACGAGUUCGGCGGCCCGGAUGGCCCACCCGGCAGCGCCGGCGGAGACCGCGACAAGCGUGCACCGCGCUUCAGCUGGACGCCCGCCUACGAGGCCACCUUCUUCCGAUCCCUUUGCGACUCGGUCCAGCUAGGCUUGCGCGAGAACCACUCCUUCAAGGCCGACGCCUGGGAUCGCGCCGCCACCGCUCUUCGCGAGAAGCACGGCGCAUAUCCCACAAAGAGCCAUCUCGUCAACAAGUCGGAUAAUGCGCGCAAGAAAUUUCGUCUCUGGCGCGGCCUUCGCGAGGACCCCGAGUUCCUCUACAACCCGACCACCCGUACCGUCACCGCGUCCGAGGAGGCCUGGAAAGCGCAUAUCGAGAAAGAGCCGUUAUCGCGCGCGUUGCGUGGUCGGCCAUUCGACCAUGAAUCGUUCAUGGAAAUCCUGUAUCCUGACGUCGUUGGUUCUGGAGGUGCUCCUAAACGUAUCAUGAAGCCGAAGCGAAAGGGUCCCGAUGUGAUUCAAGGAUCCGAAGACCCGGAUAUGCCGGGCACCGCAGUCCUCGAUCUUCAGGUUGAGCCGCCUUACGGAACCUCCUCACAGACGGGCAUUAACCACCAAGUACAGCCUCGCGGCUCCGUAAGCCAGUCUCCCGUAGCACAAGUCCAACAGCCCAUGAUACCCCAACAGCAACAUCAGCCACAGCAGCAACAACAACAACAAAUACAGCAGCAGCAGCAGCAACAGCACCAGCAACCACAGCAGCAACAGCAACGGCCCACUUCCACCGCGAUUCCGCCUAGGACGCAUAUCGCAGGCACGAGCGCUUUGACGCCCCCCGAGGAAACUGCUACAGGACGCAAAAGAUUUCCCCAGCAAGUAUCGACAUCCGACACUGGCGGCAAAGCGCCGACGGCGCCCAUGGGCCCACCGGCGCAACCGGCAGAGAAGCGCCGACGUGUAUCAGGCUACACGAAUCCCGCGCAAGCAUCGGGGCCAGGCGCAUCAAACAGCCACAGCCACAGUCACGGCAACGACGCCACGACGGCAAACAUGGUCUCCGCCGGCAAGCAGCUGAUGGAGGACGGGCUGAUCAAGAUCGCCGACGCUCUCCGCGGCCGGAGCCCACCGCGGUGGCCCGAGCAGGCGAUUGACAUCUUCUUCCGCGACUUCUCUGACGAAGACAUGGACCUCCAGCUUAAGAUUGCGGAGAAGGCUCUCGCGGAUGACAACAAGGCCAUGAUCUUUUGCAAGAUGUCGCCGGCGCUACGCAAGCACUGGGUCAAGCGCCUGAGAGAGCUGCACAACAACAGCCGCAACACGUAA